AUGUCCGGGAUUCAACCCGAGGAUGGUUCCCCUCCGUGCAGGAACUGGACGAUCGGGUCGGAGCUAAACGAAACGCGGGAGGCUCUUUUAACCCCUUCCUCCGACUACGACGAUGAGGAGUUCCUGCGGUACCUCUGGAAGGAGUAUUUGCAUCCCAAGGAGUACGAAUGGGCGCUGAUCGCCGGCUACAUCGUCGUCUUCAUCGUGGCGCUCGUCGGGAACGUCCUGGUUUGCAUUGCAGUGUGGAAGAAUCAUCACAUGCGGACAGUUACCAACUAUUUCAUAGUGAAUCUUUCUCUGGCUGACAUUCUGGUCACAAUUACUUGUCUUCCAGCAACUUUAGUAGUGGACAUCACAGAAACGUGGUUCUUUGGGCAGUCCCUCUGCAAAGUGAUUCCUUACUUACAGACAGUUUCAGUCUCUGUGUCUGUACUAACACUCAGCUGCAUUGCUUUGGAUCGAUGGUAUGCAAUUUGUCACCCUUUGAUGUUUAAAAGCACAGCCAAGCGAGCAAGGAACAGCAUUAUAAUUAUCUGGAUUGUGUCCUGCAUCAUAAUGAUUCCUCAGGCUAUUGUUAUGGAGUGCAGCAGUGUGUUCCCAGGAUUAGCCAAUAAAACCACCUUGUUCACAGUGUGUGAUGAGCACUGGGGAGCUGAGGUUUACCCCAAAAUGUAUCACACAUGCUUUUUUCUGGUAACAUACAUGGCACCACUGUGUCUUAUGGUGUUGGCCUAUUUGCAAAUAUUUCGAAAGCUCUGGUGUCGCCAGAUCCCAGGAACUUCUUCUGUUGUUCAGAAAAAAUGGAAGCCUCUGCAGUCCUCAGCACAGCCCCGGGGGCUGGGACAAUCAACAAAGUCAAAGAUUAGCGCUGUGGCAGCUGAAAUAAAACAGAUUCAUGCAAGAAGGAAAACAGCACGUAUGCUAAUGGUUGUCCUCCUGGUUUUUGCACUUUGCUAUCUACCAAUUAGCAUCCUCAAUGUCUUGAAAAGGGUUUUUGGGAUGUUUAAUCAUGCUGAUGACAGAGAAACUGUAUACGCUUGGUUCACGUUCUCACACUGGCUUGUAUAUGCAAACAGUGCAGCCAAUCCUAUUAUUUAUAACUUCCUCAGUGGGAAAUUUAGAGAAGAAUUUAAAGCAGCAUUUUCUUGUUGCUUCUUUGGCAUUCGCAGUCAGCAUGAUGAACGGCUCGCCAGAGGUCGUGCCAGUACAGAGAGUCGGAAAUCCUUGACCACCCAGAUCAGCAAUUUUGAUAACAUUUCAAAACUUUCUGAACACGUUGUAUUGACCAACAUAAACACAAUUCCAGCAAAUGGUAUCCCAGCUACACUCAGCCCAUUGAAAUCAGUGGAACUGCAUCUCCACAUACCAGGGAUGAACAUGACUUCAAAUUUAGAUGAAGCUGUGAGGGUUUCUGCAGAAGACACUGCCAACACAGAGAAUGUAGAGUGGGACAGAUUUGUCCCUAGCAUAACUAAACUUACCUCAAUGGAGUUACAGCAAGGAUGA